CCAGACAGCAGCUGCAGCUAAAAAUAGAGACUGAUAAGCAACAAGAACUUUAGUUAAAUACAGAAGCCACCCGCAAUGCCGGAAAGAAAUCAAAGGCAACAAUGAAGUCGCUGCGGUUCAUUAGUGCUGAGGCAUUGGUAUCAGAUGCACAGCUUGCCAGGAAAAGUAUCAGCAGCAUUGCAAAUAACCUCUUUCCUCUUCUUUUUAAGGCCAGUUAUUUAUUGGAGCAAGGGGAAGUGAUUCAUGAUCUUGUGGAAAACUGGCCACUGGAAGACUUUAAUAUAGGAAAACUGUUGGGAAGAACAGUGGAUCACCAGGAAGACAUCACCAGCAGAGCGUGCUGUGUGUGUUUGGAGAAUUGCCUAACAGGGCUGAGAGAUUACGUGCUAAAUUGCUCUUCUACAUACGCAAAGAGACUGAAAGUGGUGGACCUAACAGAAAUAAAAGAUGUUGAAUUUCAGCUUUGCAAGUGUAAGAAGACAAUGGGAAGGUGGGCCAGGACAGAGCUGUUAUCCAAGCUCUGCUUUGAACUCCUUGUUGAGAUGCAAAGGGUGCAGUUCGAUCCACGUAUCUUUGACAUCCGUAUCGACAUCCUCAUCAACCUGUUUGUCACAGAACGGAACUAUGAGCUGGUAGUCCAGGCCUUGCUGAUGAAGUGUCACUGCCCACUAAAGAUUCACUGUGUGGCAUUCAGAGCUGACAGUCUCACUUUACGGAAGUUUUUCUACAUUAUAAAGCUCACAGACCCCUCUUCGCUGCGCAAGCUGGAAAUUGUUCACAAUGUUCGCCUGGAAAUGGAGCACUUGGAAAUGCUGCUUGCCAGCGUCCACUUUCCUCUACUGACAUCACUUACCCUGCCGGCCAGAGCAUUCAAUGUGGUGAGGCUGACAGCAGAGGAUGAACCAAUCCUUACCAACAUUGGAGAAAAAAUGAGCCGAAUGACACAGCUGACAGAGCUGAGCCUGGCAUUCUCUACACUUACGGGAAGAAUACGUAAACUGCUCAGCCCACUGAAAACCCCUCUGAAGCUGCUGGAUGUUUCUAACUGCUCCUUGAACCAUGCCGACAUGGCCUAUUUAUCCAACAGCAUCCAUUCGAACCACUUAGAAGUACUGGAUCUUAGCGGGCAUGAUAUAGCUGACCUCUACCCAUCCACCUUCUUCAAGCUCCUCACCCACUCUGCUUAUACUCUGAAGAGUCUCACCCUUGAGGAAUGUAACAUUCAAGACAACCAUAUCAACAUGUUGAUUUUGGGCUUGAGCCCCUGCCAGAAGCUACAAGAAUUCAAGUUCCUUGGAAAUCCCCUGUCAACCCGGGGUCUUAAACGCCUCUUCGGUGUUUUUAGUGACUUGCCAAUGCUGAAAUACAUUGAAUUCCCAGUUCCCAGGGACUGUUAUCCUCACAACAUCACUUACCCUAUUGAUGAUGCCAAUCUUAUAAAAUUUGAUCAUCAAAAAUAUGAGGCUGUAGCAGAGGAACUUAAGGCUAUUUUACUUCAAGCAAAUCGGGAGGAUAUAAGGGCUUCAACCCCACUCUUUGGAGGCUAUGACGCAGCUAUUCAAGAGACGAGCAAUGAAUUAGGAGCUCUCUUGCUGAAAUCUUUCAAAGAUACACUAGAAAACUUUACCGCCUCUCUUCAAAAAAUGAGUUAAAGUAAAAAUGUUGUGAGGACGGCUCAGCUUAACUGGGGGUAAAUGUAAUAUACUUAAGGAGCCCCAUAACAUGGCGUUUCCACUAAUUAAUCACAUUUCUCUUUGUGCUGAUUCCCAGAUUGUAUUUUCUUUUUACCUGUGGAGCUACUGGACAGCAUAUGCAUUUUUAACCAUAUUCUGGUUUGUACUAACAUAAACGCCACUUUCCAGAAGCAUCUUUCCCAGAUAUUUUACCCUAAAUCACAAAUAGUGCUUCCAGUGACUUCAGUAAAACAAAAUGUGAGUUUGACAAAUCUAGUGUAGUCUUUGCCUACUCAUGGACUGGGUUGUGCCCUCUUGCAGAUAUGCUGGGCAAUUCCCUUAGAGGGCCUAACUCCACUAAUUACAUUUUGCAAAGUUUCAUCCAACUUUGACACUAGGGUUUUUCACCCUGUAGAAGACAUAGGGAUUUUAGGGCAUCUUUACAAGUGCUCAGGCAGGGGGCGCUUUAAUUAGAGUGACUCCUGAGAGCUGCUCUAAUUAAAGUCCCUGCAGCAUCUCAUGUAUUCAGUAUACCGUGCUUCAAAAUGAUGGUGGGGACACUUUAACUAACGCUUAUUUGACGCACUUUAGUUAAAGCACCCCCACUGCCAUUCUGAAGUGUGGGGACACUGAAUACAUGAGAUACUGAGGCUGCUGGAGCAUGCUAAUUAGCACACUCCAGCAGACCUGAUUAGUCGAGUCUGCUCCAACAGACUGUAAUUACAGUGUGUUGGGCAGGCAUCCUGCAUGUCUACAGGCACUCCUAGUUCUCAAACCCUGCAGGUCACCUUAGAAUUAUGUCUCUUUAGAGAUGUCCGUGGGCAUCGGGCCAUCCCAGAGGAUGCUUUGUUGCUCUAGGUUGUCUUUAAGAGUUCCUUCUCUCCUUGAGCUCCAUAAGAGGAUAGCUACAGCGGAGAUAGGCAGCCACAGUUUGUGGAACCUGCCUUUAAGAAAGAGUUAUGUACUGCACAAUUGACUCUGAUCUAAAGAUAAUGAAGCUCCAAAUCUAUAUUAACUCCUGACUAUACAGUGAGGAAGCUUGAGGAGGUGGGAUAAUGUGCAGUUGCAUCCCCCUUCAAUUCCUUUUCCAGUUCUGUCAUCCAAGGGACCUGAGGACUCAGUCAAACCAGAGCCAAGGUGCCCACCCCUCUCCCACUAAGGGUGGGCUGCCAGUCCCAAAGCCAAGGGUCGGAUCCUGGCUGUACCCCGUUGCAAAAUUCUAGAUCUACUGUUGGGUGCCACAUAGGCAGCUAACCCUCUGGUUUUUUCUUUAGUGGUCCCCUCUAUGCAUAAAUCCUCUGUGGAAAACAGGGCACUAAAUACUGUAACAUCAUCAUGUACAUCCAAGCAAUGCUGAGGUCUUCAAGGAUAUCCUUGUAUAAGUAGCUAAGGGUGCAUACUGGCCCACUUUGUUUUUCUGAUUUUUCCUCUUAUAAAUUUGUAGCAUAGAGCAGCGUUUCCCAAACUAUGAGGGGUGCAAAAGAUUCCUAGAGGGGGCAUGAGUGAAUCAUGGUGGCAAUUGCCACUGCCCCCCUUACUUCUGCCACUGCCAAUUGCUACUAGCAAAGGGAAUCAGCAGUGUGGGGGAAUCAGUGGCAAGUGGCAGCAGAAGUAGUUGGGGUGGCAAGGGGAAACUGCAGUAAGAGAUGUAUUGGGGUAUGAGUGCCCAACUUUAGUACAAUGAGGCCUAAAAUCACAAGGUUUGGGAAACACUGGUUUAGAGCAAAUAAAUGCCACUGUGAGACUUAACAGAGAAACCUACUCUCUCAAGGGUGCCUCUUUUUCAAGUUCUGAAGGACUUUGGCCCUUCCCGCCUGAGGUAAAUAACCAAUAAAAUGAUUUUAUCCGUA